UCGUGGCUGUGUGGAUGUGCGCGCUGGCUUAGCGGUGGUGGCUUCCUGGGUGAUGUGUGUAUGCUUGAAUCAUAUUUCGCAAUGAGUGAUAGAAGAAAAUAUUAGAAAGAUGGCGCGUAGAACUUGAAUUCGUAACCAUAAAGCUGAAGUACUGCUUCGAAAAAUCCGAAAAAGGUAUUGAAAAGCUGCUGUGUAGACUCCCGCACUUCCAGUAAUCAUGGAGACAGAGGAAUCGUCAACCGUACAGUUCCACGAAAUGGGCCUUGACGACCGGCUUCUGCUGGCUAUUGCCAGACUUAAGUGGGAAGCACCCACCCUUAUCCAAGAAAAGACCAUCCCCCUGGCUUUGGAAGGCAAAGACAUACUGGCGAGGGCCCGCACGGGGUCGGGCAAGUCGGGUGCGUUCGCCAUUCCCGUCAUCCAGACAAUUCUGCAGAACAAGAAGGCGUGCAGCCAUCAGGCGGUGCAGGCCCUGGUACUGGCGCCGACCAGGGAGCUCUGCCAGCAGCUGUGCUCACAUUUCGAGUCGCUGACCUCGUGCUGCUCCCGGGAGGUGAGGUGUGUGAACGUCGGGACGCAGGCGGACCUCUCGGCCCAGAGAUCGAUGCUCAUGUACAAGCCGGACAUCGUGGUGGGCACGCCGUCCCGCGUGCUGGCCCACAUCCAGGCCGGCAACCUGGACGUGUCGCGCGACCUCAAGCUGCUGGUGGUGGACGAGGCCGACCUGAUGCUGACGUUCGGCCACAACGGCGACCUGAUGGAGAUGGCGCGCCACCUACCACCCAUCUGCCAGGUCCUGCUCAUGAGCGCCACGCUGUCCGACGAGGUCAAGGAACUGCGCCAGCUGCUGCUGCACAAUCCCGUCAUCCUGAAGCUGGAGGAGCCACAGCUGCCGGCCGGCAACCAGCUGUCGCAGUACCACCUCAAGGUGGAGGAGAACGACAAGUUUGUAUUGAUAUACACGCUGUUCAAGCUGAAACUGGUCAGAGGGAAGACUAUCAUAUUUGUCGGCAGUGUGGAUCGCUGCUACAAGCUGAAGCUGUAUUUCGAGCAGUUCGGGAUCCCGGCAUGUGCGCUGAGCUCCGAACUGCCGGCGAACUCACGCAGCCACAUAUUGUCUCAGUUCAACGAUGGAGCUUACGACAUCAUCAUUGCCUCAGAUGAACGCUUCCUGGACGAGCCCGAGCCGUCGUCGUCAGCUGCCGCCAAACCAGAAGCAGAUGAGACGGGUAACAAGAAGAAAAAGAAAGGCAAGGCUCCGACGGAACCGGAAGCGGACGAGCCCAAUAAGAAAAAGAGAAAGCAGGACAAGGAGUCUGGCGUAGCACGUGGCAUCGACUUCCAGUUCGUUUCCAACGUCAUCAACUUUGACUUCCCCUUGGACGUGGAUUCGUACAUCCAUCGAGUGGGUCGGACGGCUCGCGGAAACAGCAAGGGCUCCGCGCUUUCCUUUGUCAGCAUUAAGGACCAGCCUGUGCUGGACGAGGUGACGUCGAAGCUGUCUGCAAUGUUCCCCAACGAAAGUCAUCUGUUCAAGCCGUACCUCUUCAAGAUGGAGGAGAUCGAGGGCUUCAGGUACCGCGCCCAGGAUGCCAUGCGCGCUGUCACAAAGCGCAGUAUCCGCGAGGCGCGUCUGAAGGAGAUCAAGCAGGAGAUGCUCAACUCGCGCCGGCUGCAGUCUUACUUCGAGGAGAACCCGCGAGACCUGCAAGUACUGCGGCACGACAAGGCGUUGCACACGGUCAAGGUACAGAGGCACAUGAAACAUGUGCCCGAGUAUAUAGUCCCCAAGUCUUUGAGGAAACGUGCUGGGAUUGAAGAGAAGCGAAAGACGCACAAGGCGGGAGACGCAAACUCUUUUGGCACGCGAAGGUUCCAAGGCCCACACAAGAAAAAACAAGACAACCCGCUGAAAACGCUCAAGUUCGACGGCUUUGCUGACGACUUCAGAUGAUCCCAUGAUGUCAGUUUUGCCAUUUUGAAACGUUGUUCGUUGUUGUGAUUGUGUCGGGAGGAAGAUGUCUGGGUUGUGCGCAUUUUCCCCGUGUCAUUAGACUGCUGGUAUCAAAUAUAUCAUGAGCGUACCAUGUUAUGUGCGCUUUGUAUACGGUCUUGGCUCGACGCCGAAUUGGUUCACGGACUGGAAUCCAUCAGUGCAAGCUUGUCAAUAUACAAAUCAGGCUGUA